UUUUGCCCGCUCCCACCUUCAGCCGAUGUAAUUUAUCGUUUUGGUAUAUGCGUGGACGGUUAUUCUUUUAGUCGUGGGUUCGUGGCGUUUCUAAUUGCAGGCGGUAGCGGCGGGAGGUCUCGGCGGCGAGCGGCCGCAGCGCGGAGGAGCGUGGUGUCCUUCGGCGGCGAUUCCACCGAUCCCCUUCGCCUCCGGUGGCUGAUUAGGUGUCGGCUUGCUGAUGGGAACACGGAUCUGUCCACAAAGGUAUGUUUUAGGUCUCUACGAUCUAGGUUUUGGGGUCCUGAUGGUGGUAGGUAGGCUAGGACGAAGCGGAAUAAAGGGAUCUCUUCGGCCUCUUCCUCGUCCUGCCGGUGUGGCCUGUGUAGAUGGCGCCAGGCCGGCGAGGGUAGGGCUCUCGACUUCCUACUUGUGGCGCUUUGUAUAGGAGUCAUGAGCUGGCCGCCGUUCCAUCCAAUUCAAGAGGCUGCGGCCAGUCCAGGAUCUCAUGAGCACGGGCAGGUUCCCUGGCCGUGGCUGGGUGAUUCUUCCAGCUCACAAAGGCCAUGUAUGGCGAUGGUGCUCCAGACGCCCUUGUAUGUUUGGGCUAUUUUGGUUUUACUUCCAUGUGUGUAGGUGGGGAUUGCACGGUAGGAGUUUUUGCAGAGGCUGUAGAUAGAAGAGGUCAUGAGGCUGAACAUCCUGUCCAAUCAGGAACACCCUUAUUUUUGCACAGAGAUGGGUGGUCAUGGAUUCAAAGAAGGCGGAGUGUAGUCAUGUAGUGUCGCUGGUGUUUCUCGGUGUCAGGUUAUGUUUGGCCAUUGGCAUGCAUAUUGAUGCGCCAUGCAUCUCCUUUCAUCAUGAUGGUCAGCGACCGCGUCUUCGCCGCCGGAGCUGUUCAGUAUCACCUACUCUCGGGUGAAGCUCGGCGAGAGAGGCCCUAUAGUUUACAAAUAUUCGUGGAGCUCUCACAAUGGCAGACAGAGAGAGGAGCUACUCCAGCAUUGCAUGGCUGACAGCAAGUGACUAAUGCCCUAAUCUUGUUGUGUAAAUUAAUGCAACUGGCGUUAACUUGUAGAGCAUCAUGUUGUUAGAAUAGUUCUAAGGUCACCGUGUGAUUUCGUUUACAUUUUUGCUUGCUUGCCGGUGUACCAAACAAGAUGGAUGUAGCUUCUGCCGAGGUAUGGACGAGGGGCGGGUCCGUUCCUCUGUUCCUGCUCUGUUCCCCUCCCCUAGGACAUCAAGGUGCUCCCGCUACUGAUUUCCUUGGGAGGAUUCUUCGUCUGGGAGUGCGAUUCCGGUCGCUCUCUCGCUGCUUUCUUCCCCCUCUCCAUCUCCCUUGCCGCGCUACCUUGUGGUGGGUUGACCUAGAUCUGUUUUGUUCGGGGCGAUUAAGGGGCGAUCUGUGCAUCGCUACCUGCCCUUGGCAAUGGCAGAUCGAGGCUCGAAUUCCACCCUUGAUGCGGCGGCUACUGGAGAGGCUGGGACCCAGGACUCCUUGGAUCGACGCGCCCCCGCGCCUGCAACAAGGGAUCCGGUGCCGACCCCCGCCCCGGUGCUCGGGGAGUUUGGUUCUGAUUCUGCCCCUCGUGUGGUGGAGAUGGAGCGCCUCCGUCUGACGGCGAUUGAGGCCGCAACCGGUCUUGGUGGAUGAUGAAGAUGAGGCAGAUCAGGUGGAUCCGGGUCGUGCGCUGGUGGGGAAGGUGCUCUCCCCCAACGUCCUCCACAUCAACACCAUCUCAUCGGCAAUGAGGCCGGCGUGGGGAAAUCCCCAAGGCUUGUUGUUCCAUCCAGUAGGAGAUAACCUGUUUGUGGCGGAGUUCGCCACCCCUGCAGGCCGUGCUUGUGUUCUGGAAGGCUCGCCAUGGAUGGUGGGUUGCCAUGCUGUCCUUUUCAAGGAUUUUGAUGCUGAAAUUCAACCGACUCAGAUGAUCUUUGAUCGACUGACCAUAUGGGCACGAAUUAUGGCCCUGCCUCCAAGACUGAUGAAAUCCAACCUUGGUAUGGAAUUUGCAAAGCCGAUUGGCAAGAUUGUGCGUGUGGAGUCGGAUGCCGAUGGUCGUUGUUGGGGCUCCGACAUGAGGGUUCGGGCCGAGGUUUUGGUUCAGGAACCAGUGGUAAGGUAUGUUACUGUAACAUCUGCCAAAACAAAGAGCACCGAAACAUAUUCAGUCAUGUACGAGCGACUACCUUUCCUCUGCUUUUCAUGUGGCCUGUUAGGUCACUCGUCGAUGUUGUGCCCAACUCCGGGCGUCCGUGAUGAAAAUGGAGAGCUCCCCUAUGCUGCCAUGAAAGUGUGUGUUCCUAAUGAUCAACCAAAGUGGUCGGGGGGCUCAAAGUCCAGUUUUGCUUCUUCCUCGUCCGGCUUUUUUCAAAGAACCUCGGGACAGAAGACCUUUACUGCUGGUACUGGAAUUUCUGAUCCUAGCAGUCAAGUCAAUAAUGUUGCCAAGAAUAAUGUGGUCGAUGAGACAGAGGUUUCCUCCCCAGCUAAGGGUGGUCCUGGCCGUGGUAGCUCAUCCCGUGGAAGGGGGCGUGCCAGUUCUGCCCGUGGUCGUGUCCGAGGGAAGAUUGGGGGCUCGGGCAAGGAAUUGUUCCCGGUCUCUAAGUCAAAGAAAGGUAUGUCCGGACAGAAACGCAAAACUGCUAAAGACACACCUGGUCAGCUCUCUGAAGGUACUACUUGCUCUGAAAUCAAUCAGCUUGCUAUUGUUCUAUCUGGCAAUUCUGUUGGAGCUGCUCCUCCACUUGAAAUGAUUGGAGAUAUUGAGUCAGUUAAGAAACAAAGGACUUCUCCUACCCGAUCGGCGGAUCCGGCGGCGGCUGCGGAGCAGCGCCGCCAGACGCAAUGAGUCUGUUAUGCUGGAACUGUCGAGGCUUGGGGUCGGACUCGACGGUUGGCGAGCUUCGCUGGUUAGUUAAGCUUCACCGCCCCACCCUCCUCUUUCUCUCUGAGGCAAAGAUGAGGGAUUCACGUGUCAGAAACUUUAUGUGGUCUCUAGGUUUUACCGGGUGUUUGGCCGUUAAUUCCGACGGCUUGAGUGGUGGUUUGGCUCUGUUUUGGACGGCGUCUGUUAAUGUUUCUCUCAAGGGGAGCAA